GCAAUUUUCCCCCAAAGCAUACCACCUGAUCAAGCAGCAGUCACCCAUGUCUCUCUUCGAAUCCAAUUUAUUUACGAUUAGGAUUAUCUUCUUCACCACCGUCUUCAUCCUGUUAUGCCCAGCCCUCGCCAGAAACCCCCACAUCAUCAACUUCCGAUCACCUAACCUCUAUCCAGAGGGCCUUGCGUGGGACCCAUCAGCACAGCACUUCCUCGUUGGCUCCCUCCACCACCGCACCAUAAAUUCCAUCUCUGACGCCGGCGUUAGGAGGGCAAAACCAACAAGAGAUUUAGUGGCUGCAUACUGCAUUAUAUCUCUCCGUGACACAGUAACGGUUUUUGGUGCUUGUAGUAUUUGCACUUGCUCACUCUUCACCUGCAAAAGAUGCAGAAAAAUGUGUUUCAGAAAAUGCUUCCACAGAACAAAUUUGAAUCCUAGGUACAUUAUUUCAGUCAGAUGAAACAGUUUCUUUUUUCUGCACACAAUUUGAGGGGAAAUCAAAAGAACUGCAAUACAGCCUGCAUAAGCUCAGAAAAUAUAUCAGAACACCAAGGAAUAGUGGUCCUGAACUAAUAGACCCUAUAAAGGCUCACACUGAAUGAGUUUCACAACUGGUGCAACAUCUUCUAUGGCAUCAAAUUCUUAAUAAUGCGGCUGCCAAAUAUAAAUUAUGAUUAAACUGUAAUAACUAAUGGUAACUAGUAAGGACACAUUUUAAGAAAUCUGGUGAUAACUUAGUCGUCAAUAUCAUCAAAAUAUCUUCAUAGAAAACAGAUGUAUCUUAAUUUCAACCAGCAUUGUAAUAUAAGAUUGAACGUUACACGCAAGAAAUUUUAGAUUAACUUAUUUUAUUUACUUCCCUAAGUUUUGAGUCUUGACAAAUCACUCUGUAGAUUGGAGACCUUACCUCCACCCAAGGAAUUCAUUGAGCAUGAAGUAACCUGCCAAGGUAACUGGCCAAUAGAGACGGUUCAACAGCAUAUCAAUAGGAUAUUUCAGUCCAAGAAGAAAUGAGCUUGAUUCGUCUAGAUUCCAUCCAGAAUUAUAAUCACGAUCUAUAUCGAAUAAUGUCUCUAUCUAAGUACUACUAUGAUAACACCAUGCUUGUACAAAGUACUCAUUGUUUUGAUUAAGACAGUGAAUUAGACCACUUUCUUGUUUCACUUUUCAGCUAUGGAGUUUGAUAGGGACAAAGUUCCUGAAACAAAUCAUUGGAUUCAAGAUCCUGUAGUUUGAUAAAUUCAGAAUAAACUGUGGUAUUUCCAACUUCAUAGAGUGAAAAAUGACUGCAAUAUCAAACAGGGCCAAGCCAGAGUAUCUGUGCUAACUUUGACAUAAUUUAGGCAUUUUAAAAUUGAAAAGGGAAGUUAAUAAGCAAAACAAGUGUUUGUAACCUUACCUUAUCAUACUAUUAUGAGAACUUCCAAGCUGUUUUUUCAACAAAAAGUAAUAGGUUAA